UUUAAGAUUGUCAUGCAAGUACUAUAAAACAUUUCGUGUAUGGACACAAUGCAAGUAGGAAAGAUUAUUUUUGUUUUGGUCAUAUCUGUUCUUUGGUCAGAUACUUUUUCUUGUGGACCAAAUGGGAAAUGCAUGUGUGAUACUUUGAAUCAGAUGGACUGUUCAAAAACAAAAUUACCAAUAUGGAAAAUUUGUGGAUUAAUAACAAAUUCAUCUACGUACAAUGUUUCAGUCCUAUAUCUUGAAGGGAACGGCUACCAGUACAUUCAGGAAUUUGACUUACAAGGUUGUGAUGAACUUCUUGAGUUGUAUCUAGGAGGAAAUGAAAUAACUUCUAUAGAAAAAGGCUCAUUUUCCAACCUUGAUCGACUCGAGCUACUGGAUAUAAGUGAAAACACUUUGACUAUAUAUGAUGAAACAGUUGAACAAAAUGAUUCUUUUCCGCUUACAAUGAAAACACUUAAAUUGAAUGGAAACUGGAAAGGAAAUACAACUACACAUGCAUCCUACCCGGAUUUAUCACAUUUAAAAAACCUUGAAAUACUGUACAUGGAUGGCCUGAGAGACGAAGCAGUUCCGGUAACAUAUCGCAAGAUUCAGAUGUUGCAAACAAUUGUUUUCUCUGGGUUAAAUGGACACUGCAAUAUAUCGUUUAUUACAAAUUUCACGUUUAAAAACCUUCCGCAAAUAAGGACACUGAAUAUGUGUUCAUGCAACAUUGAAAAUAUACAUGCCGGCGCUUUUGAAGACCUCACAAACUUGGAAAUUUUAGAUUUGUCUCAGAACUUAAACCUUAGAUUUCGCAUGUUGAGAAAUAUUUCAUACAGCUUACAGUUCACAAAAAUCAAACUUUUAAACUUCUCUAAGGUGCACAGUACAUUUGGUCUAGGAACACAGCUCAAAAUGCGGGACCUGUGUUACUUUUGGAAUACAACAUUGACUGAAAUUCUCUUGAGCAGUAAUCGAAUGCAAUUAGUUGAAACAAAUGCCCUUAUACUUGUUCCAGAAACUUUAAAAAUCAUGUGGACAGAAGACAAUAAGUUUACUUUUGGACCAUACUUACUACAGCUAGGAUGUAUAACUAAUUUGGAAGAAUUUCACGGAAAUUACCAAAAUACCGCACACAGACCGAUUUUAUAUGAUAGAGAACCAAGUGGAAACUUUAAAGAAAUGAUGUAUGAUUAUUCCGAUUGUCCAUAUAUGGAAAUAAACAUUUUGAGAAACAUAAGCGUUCGAAAAGGAAAUUGCAUCUUCUUUGAAAAUGACCAUGUGGAAAUAAAUGAAACUUGGGCAACAUUCCCAAAGAAAUUAAAAAGAGUGGAAUUCAUACGAAGUAACAUGCAAUAUAGCAUACCUCGUUUAUUAUUACUACCGCUACAAAAAUCAAUAGAAUAUGUGGACUUUUCAGGCAACAUUCUUCAUUCUUGGAUAGGACCUAUUGGACCAUUUCUAAAACUGAAAUAUCUGAAUUUAUCUCGCAAUUAUUGCACACAUAUUGGAUUAAACUUCUUUAACUACAUUGCAGACGUUGAAGACCUCCAGCUGCAUGACAAUUUCCUUGGAUUAAUGCUUUCAGAUGAAAAAAAGAGACAUGCUAUAUUUGAUAAGUUAGCGAAUGUGAAAGUUUUGAACUUGUCAUCAAAUAUUGUAUCGUACCUACCACCAACGGUGUUUUCAAAAAUGUUCAAACUGGAGACGCUAGACCUUAGUGUUAAUAACAUAGAAACUUGGACAAUUGAUGUGAAAACAUUAAACAGCCUGUUGCAUUUAAAUCUGAAGUUCAACUUUUUAAAUAGACUUCCUUCUGCACUAAGAAAAAAACUGGAAUCUAAUACAAAACGCCUAGGUAUACAGUUCACACUUGACCUAAGAAACAAUACAUUCUCUGCGAAUUGUGAUGAUAAAGAAUUUUUAAGAUGGAUGGUCAAACACAGAAAUAGCAUGCUUUACUUCGAUGAAUACAUUUUUUACGACAAAACGAGCGCGACGCUUUCAGCCAACCAAUUUGUUAAAGACGUUAAAAACCUUGAUGAGGAAUGUCGUUCGUACACUCUAAUAAUAGUUUUUUGUUCAAUCGGAAUUUCUGUAUUUCUUGCAAUUGUUGUCGGUGGCGUUCUCUACAGGAAUAUAUGGAAACUCAGAUAUCUCAUGAGAUUAACUGAAAUCAAACAUUUUAGGUAUAAAAAACUACAUAAUGGUCCGAACGAACCUGAAUAUUUUAUGUAUGACGCGUUUAUAUCUUACGCAAAUGAAGAUUUACGUUUCAUUCUUGACCUGAUUAUUCCAAAACUAGAAGAAAAUGAAAUGAAGUUAUGUUUACACGAAAGAGAUUUUUUACCUGGAAACAAUAUUGCCGACAACAUUCUGGAGGCUAUAAGAAAUAGUAGAAAGACUGUUGUUAUUCUAUCAAAGGAGUUUUUGAAAAGCAAAUGGUGCUUAUACGAGUUCAACAUGGCAAGAAUGGAAAGUGUUUACUCACAAGAAGGAAAUAAUUGUCUUCUCGUUGUCAUGUUUGAAAAUGUUCCGUCUGGAAAUAUGUCAACCGAGAUGUUGGAUUGGAUUCAAUCCAAUACAUACAUUGAGUAUACUACAGAAGAAGAAGGAGAAGUAAUAUUUUGGGAGAAUCUGAAGGAAGCCUUAAGUGAAUAAUUUAUGUAUAGGUUGUUUAUUUUUUGCAUUUGACAUUUCCGUACAAUUCUAUUCUAGACAAAUUUGCUAUCUAAGAAAUACACUUUUAGUAUUUAUAAUGCAAUAAGCUUAUGAAAUAUUUUACGACCGUGUUGCGCAGAAACUGGUAGUUUAAAUAGGUUAGUGCAUAUUGUAUGCAAUAAUAUUGUUUAACAUGUAACUUACAUUUGUUCAAAACACAUUACUAAAAUAUCUGUUACAUAUAAACUUAUCUGAGUGCAUUUCAAAUUCCAUUCAUUAAAUGAGUUGAAUAAGGUAAAAAUUAUUUAUUAUUUCUAUUCAGCGUGUUUAUUAAAUUUGACGCAGAAAGAUUCAAAUUUCAGAUUCACUAUUUGUCAAAUGUUAUCUUUCUGAAUUUUUUCUUUCUUUACUUCUUUUAGACAAGGUCAAUUUGACCAGCGUGUGAUAAAGACAUCAACGCCAAAAUAUCAUUGCACUGGUGUAUUACCAAAUAUAUGUAAUGGCUUUAUUUGAGUACAACUAUGAAAAUGAUUCCUGGUCCUUUCUGUAAGAAAUACUUCCUAAAUAUAUUUAAGCAAAGAUAUAAAUAGAGACAUUUGAGUUAAACUGUUUCAAUAAACAUUACUGCAAAUAUAUAAAACAUGAAAAAUAAACUGAUCGAAAGAUCUAGCUCGCCUUAUAAUAUUGUGAUAGAUUAUAUGAUAAUUGACGAUAAAGUUGUUUAGUACUGUAUUCAAUUCUUCAAUGUUGUUAUCGUUAAUUAUAUUUCUCUACACAGUCUAAAUUUUAUGACAAACAGUUCGGUUAAGUAAUUGGGGGAAUUGCACAGAAUAAUUUGUCUUAUUUUAUGCACAAAUAUAAAAAUUAAUGUUAGCAGUUUUGAUCAGGUAAUAAAAGGACUUUGUGAAAAGUA